CACUAACAGCGACACUAUAAAUUCAUAUUGUUCAGAAAAAUUUGAGCAUAACAUGCUUCGUUUUAGAUUUUGAUGCGUUUAUUUUUGAAAAAUUUAAUUGCUAGAUUUAAUUGCUCGGUUGGCAGAUAAAUAUUAAUCAAUCGCAUUAAUAAGAAAAAUGCAUGUUUACGGACAAGCGCGGGGAAGGGAGUGAAUCAUUACCGUCAUCAGAUAGAGUGGGGAGUGACGACUCAUCAUACAUCUGUCUGAACAUCACUCCGAAUUUCAAACGUUGAACACAUCAAAAUUUCUAGUGUACUUACUCCGCAGUUUUCUUCAUUACGUCAUUACAAUAUUGCUUGGAGACAUAAAAAAACGUAGCACGUAGAUACAGCCGAAUAAUGAAGUGGUUUGUGGGAAGUAUUAACGAAGCAGUGGCAACGUCAAAAUCUAGGAAGGCAGUUUUUGUGGUGUUCGUUGAAGGCAAGGAUGACACAUCGGUACAACUUGCACAGACAAUUGACACUGCAGAAAUUUCUUCUCUCUUAGAGGAAGAGCAUUUUGUUGCUAUCAGAUUGGAAAGUGGGUCUGAGGCUUAUAGGUUUUUUGCACAGAUUUAUCAAUUAGUGCCUGUACCAUCGCUGUUUUUUAUCGGUGAAAAUGGUACACCGUUGGAGAUUGUAGCUGGCAACACAACUGCGACUGAAUUAGUAUCGAAAAUUAACAAUGUGCUGCUGAAAGCGGGAAAAACAAAUAAAAACUUCUUGUCGAUUCUAGUCGAUGAAGAAGAGAGAAUGAGAGAGGCUUCUACCAGUAGCAGUAGUAAUAACAAUGCUACUGAAGCUACUGCAUCCAAUAUAAAUAACGUUGGACCUAAUCCAAAUACAGGUUUAACUUCAACAGUAGAAUCUGUGACAACAAGUUCUUCAAAUGAUGAAAAAGGUCUCACAGGAGGUGCAGUUAAGACUGCUACUUCAUCGAACACAGAAAAUCAAAACAAUAAUGAGGCAUCAAAGAAUGAUUCAGAAACUAUGCAAGAAAAUCAGGACGUGGAAUUGACAGCUGAGGAAAAGAUGGAGAGAGCCCGACAAUUAAUUAUGUUGCAACGAAAACAGCGACUAGAGGAAGAACAGAAAAAGGAGCGGGAACGAGAGAUUGAACGGCGUCAAAUGGGACGUGACGUACAAAAAAUGCGGCAGAUGCAACAAGAAUUGCAGAUAAAGCAAGCGCAGGAAGAAAGGAUGCGAGAGAAAGCUGCUGAGGCUGCAGCUCGCGAGAAGGUCCGGCAACAAAUUGCUCAAGACAAGUUGGAGCGAAAACAGAAGGAGCUCGCGCUGCAGCAACAGCAACAGCAGGUACAACAGAAGCAAUCCCAAAAGCAGCUUAAGCACAGUUUACCGUCCAGUGCAGCAACAGUGACUAGAAUUCAAUUCAGGUUACCGUCCGGCAAUUCGUACACGGGACAGUUCGAACCAACGAGCACUUUGCGUGCUUUACGCACCUACGUUAUCGAAAAUAUCGAGUUACCUUUCCGACAAUUCGUCAUGUCUACGUCAUUUCCCAGAAGGGAGUUAACGAACGAGGAAAACGAUAAGACUCUCCUGGAGCUUGAACUAGUCCCAACCGCUGUUAUCUUGAUUCUGCCUUUGAAAACUUCUAAUGUCACGAAAGCAGUCACUUCGACCACCCAGGACGUUGGUUUCUUCUCUCGUCUCAUAUGGUCCUUCUUCACGCCUGUUAUUCAUAUCUAUAACUAUAUAAUAGAUUACUUUUCCGGCGCUAACAGGGAGACAAAUCGUGACAAUUCCAACAACGAUUCCACAGAAGUGGUAAACGAGCCGGAAAGAGAUAUCUCACCGAAUCGAGGAAAUGUAGUGCAACCUUCGGGUUUGCUUAGACGAUACUUGAGUAAUCAAGGAGGAGCGACAAUCAGAGCGCAAGGCAAUGUACACAGACUGCAUUCAGGUGGGGAUGAUAAUGAUGAGAAUAAUACUUGGAAUGGUAAUUCCACGCAACAAAUGUAACACAAAUCUCGCUCACGUCGCAAAUCUUGAAUUACGUCGCAAGCAAUCGCUUUUAAUAAAUCACUAAAUUCCCGGUAUACUGGAAUUGCUGUGUUAUAAUUAACGUUCAACACUUUUCUUCGUUACACGACAUUAAAACUUAUACAGUACAAUAUAUUUUUCGCACAAACAUCAUCAGGAUUUAACAAACGAGUUCCGUUUUUACAUUUUUAAGCGUAUGUUAAUAGCAGUACGCAGACAAAUAUCAAUUAACAUUUCAUAAUCAGCAAUAAUAAGAGUAUCUUUAUCAUUUACAUUUUUAUCAUAAUGCAAUGUUUAUCGUAAUGCUACCAAACAAAAUAUAUUAGUAAAUGAUAGAACACAUCUUGAAGAAACGAUCAUGAAACGAUCAUGUGUUGAGCUGUAAGUAAUAUAUGGACCAAAUGUAACGAGUUUCAUAGAUAUCGAUAUGCAAAACACUAAAAUUUUAAUAUUUCGAGAAUGUUUGAGUUUUAAUAAUUGAAGUUUUAACAUUCGUUAAAAUGUUAAACGCUUUGUUAAUCUCGUGUUCGAUGAUUAAUGUUUCCUUUUUAAUUACAUGUAAAAUUCUCGAAAUAAUGAUAUUGAUUAAUAGUAAAAUAUAUUCUCUCCUUAUUGUAAAUGAUACCAAUUUUAUAAUGUCCUCUACUUCGUAGUAUAUUCAAUAGAAGGAUAACAAUACUAUCAUGAGUCAAGAUAACUAAUCUUUUCGGUAUGGCGAAUAUUUCUAUAGUGUUCUGAUGGCUGAAAGCAAUGGAAUGCGACAGCACUUGCUGUAUUACCUAAACUAUAUGUAACUGCCUAAAUAUCAUGUGGACAAUGUUUUCAGUGUUAUAUAUUACCUAUCGUGAAAACAGUCAAAUAUAAAUCGAUAAUAUCAUUUAUCGAUAAUAUAUUAUUAGGUGAAACAAAAUUAAAAAAGAUUGUUUAAAAUUGUAUUGUUGACUAUACAGUUAGCAUGCAGAUGUACAUGAGCGUUUUAGCGAUGUCGAAAAGGAAAAGGUAUUAACGUAUUAAACUUCACAAUGUACCUAUAUAAAUGUCUAUGUAAACCUAAUAAUUAAUAUAAGUAAUCAUUAAUAAUAUUAGAGCUUGUCUAUUCUCUAAUAUUAUUGCAAAUGUGCACUUGAUAAGAGGGGUUCGGUUAUGUUAAUGCCUAAAAAAUAAAUAGAAAAGUUUGUGA